GCCCCACGGCGUGCCGGGGCUCCUCGGGGCACACACAGCACAGCGGCCGCCACCGGUGACAGUGGCAUCGCUGUGCUCGCGACCCCGGCUCCAGGCCGCUGCAGACCUCUUUGGCUUGGCCGAGUCGCCCGGCGGGAUGGGCGGCGAGGCAGGGUCCGCGGCAGCCGUGGGCCCCGAGGGUCGUGUGAAGAGCCUGGGUCUGGUGUUCGAGGAUGAGAGCAAAGGCUGCUACUCGAGCGGCGAGAUAGUGGCGGGGCACGUGCUGCUGGAGGCGGCCGAGCCCGUGGCCCUGCGAGCGCUGCGCCUGGAGGCCCACGGCCGCGCCACUGCUGCUUGGGGCCCGAGCGCUGGCGCCGCAGCCCCGGCCUCCGCCUCGGAGGUGGAGUACCUGAACGUGCGCCUGAGGCUGCGCGAGCCCCCGGCCGGUGAAGGUAUCCUCUUAUUACAGCCUGGAAAACAUGAAUUUCCAUUUAGCUUUCAACUUCCAUCUGAACCUUUGGUGACCUCAUUCACCGGGAAAUAUGGAAGCAUUCAGUACUGUGUGCGCGCAGUUUUGGAACGCCCCAGGGCUCCUGAUCAGAGUGUCAGGCGGGAACUCCAGGUGAUCAGUCACACGGAUGUCAACACACCAGCGUUACUAACCCCUGUAUUGAAAACUCAAGAGAAAAUGGUUGGCUGUUGGUUUUUCACUUCUGGUCCAGUUUCGCUGAGUGUCAAAAUUGAAAGAAAGGGAUAUUGCAAUGGAGAAGCUAUCCCAAUCUAUGCAGAAAUAGAGAACUGUUCCUCUCGUCUGAUUGUUCCAAAAGCCGCUAUUUUCCAGACGCAGACGUACUUGGCCAGCGGAAAAACCAAGACCGUCCGGCACAUGGUCGCCAACGUGCGAGGGAAUCACAUCGCCUCUGGGAGCACGGACGUCUGGAACGGGAAGAUGCUGAAAAUCCCGCCUGUCACCCCGUCCAUCCUGGACUGCUGCAUUAUCCGAGUAGACUACUCCUUAGCUGUGUAUAUUCACAUUCCUGGUGCUAAAAAAUUGCUGCUUGAGCUGCCUUUGGUGAUUGGCACAAUUCCAUACAAUGGUUUUGGCAGCAGGAACUCCAGCGUUGCCAGCCAGUUCAGCAUGGAUAUGAGCUGGCUGACGCAGAUCCUGCCAGAACAGCCUGAAGCUCCGCCAAAUUACGCAGAUGUAGUGUCAGAGGAAGAAUUCUCCAGACACCGCCCUCCCUGCCCUCAGCCGCCCAGCCGUGAGGGAGAAGCGUGCUGUCCCAUGUUUGCCUGCAUCCAGGAAUUCCGGUUCCAACCCCCACCUCUUUAUUCAGAGGUUGACCCACACCCUGCUAACGCAGAAGAGAGCCAGCCCGUCUCCUUCAUUCUCUGAACGUGUUUCAGAAAUCACUGUGAUCCUCAUCCAAUUAGAAUGGCUGUUGUUUCCCCUGCCUUUGGGGAAGAGGGAGGCCACAUUCUCUUAAGAACGUAAACGAACAUCAGCACCAAGAAAUGAAUAUGUGAACUUUCCAGUGGGCCGCCAGUCUCUGCUGUGGCCACAUGUCCCCGUUAAAGAACAGGAGGAAGGUGAGAGAAGUCACAGAACGCAAUGGAAGGCCUGAAGGUGACAGAAGUGAAGGGUGCCAUGCUGCCCUGAGAAAGAGGAGUCUGUGUCCCCCGUGGGAACACUGUGUGAGUGGGGCUUUGAAAAGUCUCUCGGAGUGGAACAGAGGUGUCCUAAGCGCUGGCUGUUGCGGACUCACUGGGAGGAGACCUGAUUUUGAAGCAGGUAGCGGCAGAGACUGUGCAUGCGUAGGAAAAGGCCUAUCUGAGCACCACGUGAGACGCUGGCUGCCAGGGUCUUCGUGGUUUGUCCCAUGUCCCAUAGGACUGUGGGUCCUCGAAACAAGUCUUUCUGAGACCACCGCCUUAUGGGGUCCUAAUGCAGCGAUUCUGUUUUCACCCUUUCGAUGGUACUUUCAAAUGCAGUUUCCGAACUGGUGGCAGUGUUAUGAAACCAAGCAAGAGUCCCUGGAAAGGUUUGUCAGUCCCAAAGGGAAAGGUGGAUUUCACUAUGGAAACACAUUUGUGCUCUGAACCCCCUUAAGUGCUUUAACAGGAUACAUAUUUGAUUUUCCUCAUGUCUCAUUUACCUAAGAGCAUAUUAGAAAAAGAUGGAGGGGGAAGUUUGCAUCCUCAGGAUGCCCUGAGCGGUACACAGGGAAAAAAUCAAACAACAAAAAAGGCCUUUUCCUAACCUACCUCUAGUGCGUGGUCAGAUUUGGUUUAAAACUCGGCCUUCAAAGUUUAAAACUAGU